AUGACGCAUCAGAUUCCAAGGCGAAUUGUUCUUCGUUUUGGUGUGGAUUACGAGCUUGAAGAAGCAACUAUCAUCGAGACAUUUUUCACAGAGUUCGGCCUAAAACCUGCUGAUGAUUUCUAUUCCCAUCUGAUGGCUCCAAACGAAUCCUCUAGAAUGUAUAUCAUCCUUGAUUUACAUUGCAUCACGGUCCCAACAGUUCAACUCAGAGACAUUAAAUAUGAAGCUUUCAAGGUCAAAAGGAAUAACAAGUUGUAUGUUCCCCAUCCUGCAAGAAAUGCGCCUUUAAUUAUUAUUAGUCAUUUUAGCCAACUCAGCAAAGAGGCAUGCGAAUAUGCUCGCUCUCGUUGCCAGGACGUUCCAUGGGGCACUGACCGACGUCAAUCUGAGGAAUUAGCCGGGGUGUCUCCGGUACAGAUCGGGCAGUCUCCCGGUAGAUUGGUGUCUUGA